AUGGGCAAAAAAACUGAACCCGGUCAAGUUUUACAUCGUGAACUUUACCAAAGGAUGAACUUUCUUUACCAAGCUGCAACUUUAAUGACAACUAUAACCACCUCAUCAACAAUUACUUUAGCACAAUCAAACAAUUCAAUAAAUCCAAAAUCAAUUUCUUCUGCUAUAAAUAAAUCUGAUGAAUCGCAGAGUUCAUUGAUUACUUCUUCAACUA